UAUCAAACGCUCAACCAAGGUAGACAGACAACGGAUAGACCGCGUGAAACGCGAACCCUUGACGACGGCAACGACGAGACCCACCCCUAGACUACGACGGCGAAAUCAAAGCAAGCGGGCAGGUUAACGAGCACAUCGCACAGUAGGCUGUUCUGUCGCAGUGGUUAACCAGGAGUGCACGCACCAGGGCGCUAACAAGGAAGAACCCUUCCUCCAACCGGCCUACUACGCCGUCUAGUGCACACACAACCCGAAAAUCAAUAUCAACCUGCACAAACCAGCAAGAGAACUUGGCAAGGAACGCGGCCGCGUCAACUCGUGUGGUGCUACAAGAAGAAAGACAGGGAGGAGGCGGUGUGGGAAGCAAUUAGUGGAUAGUUUCAAGUGAAAAUAAAAGCAAACACGGGAUCUCUCGAUACGCGACUGCACUCCCGGUACCGUGAAGUGACGAAGAAGAGCGCUGUGACGCGGGAGAAGGGUUGUGCAAAAUUCAACGAGUCGCGACACACGGCAAGAGAGUGGCGGCGGCGGUUCCAAAACGAGAGCAAAAGUCAUAGCCCAACAACAAGACACCGUGUGGAAGAGGAGGUCCAGAAACAACGCAGGAAGGUGGUGGAAGAUAGUAGUAGUAGUAGUAGUAGCCGGCCAGACGAGUGCCGGGCAAAUACAUAACAAAACACAAACACACACAUACGCGCGCGGCGAACGCAGGCGAACAGGAGACUGACUGGAGCACAAGAAGACUGGGCGACAGCUGGUGAGGAGAACGAGAUAUUCACCAAAGUCAACCACCACCCCCACCCCGAAAGCUGUCGAAUACCGCCUGGGUUCGGACCCCCAAAUAGGUUUCAAGAACGAGGAGUGAGAGCUAGAAAUUUGACAUUAUCACAACAACAGCAACAACAAGGGGUCUCGGAAACCGAACGGAACGUUACCGCAAAAGCAAUAGACGAAAUUAAUCAAAGGUGCAUACAACUCUGAGUUAGCGUGGAGUUCUUUUUUUGGGGAGGAAGUAAGCAGCAGCUACUACUAGUAAUUAGCAUUUUCACUUUGGGUAACUUUCGGCGACCAAGUGGUUAGAGAAACUUCAUCUGUAAAAAGGAUCAUCAAUCGAAGGACGGCACCACGAAUUAGCUAAUUUUGACGUAAACUUGAAGCUUGCAAAUCAUCAACUUUUUUGAAAGAAAGAAAAACGAGUCCAUUUCUCAUUCGUUAAAAAAUCAUCGUCAUUGAAAAUCGGAAAUCGUCAAUAAACACACACACUUUUGUACGAGUCGAAAAAAGAUAAAAUCAAACAACAAUUUCUAGGCAAAUAUUUAACCCGAACUUAGUCAAAUUUAAAACCAACUAAAUUUUCUUCAUAGAGGAAGCAAAAAAGAACUUCUAUUACUAAAAAACACACAUCUACUCAAAGUAAUCGGUAAAAAGUUAGCAAAGUUUUCCUUUUCGUAACUUAGUAAAAAUCAACUAAACAACGCACACUCGAGAACAAGUCUGCGUGAAAAUAAACAGCAUUAAAAAAGAAGAAACGACGUCGCCGAAGUUCUUCCCACAGAGAAAAGUCAAAAAACAAGUAGCGCAAAAGUGUGUGAAAACCAGCAGCAACAACAAUAAAAACACACAAAAGCAACUCGUCAACCGAAAACAGGAGGAAGGAAACAGGAACUACAACUACGAACUUACCCUCAACCCUUAACGUUUAAACAUUAGCAGAAAAUUCGUGUAACGGAAAUUUGAGUGUCCAUUCUAGUUAAAAAAAAAUAUCGUUAGUCGUUUAGACCAUCAACUUCCGGGCACCACCCCGGAACCAAAAUCCACCAAAAUUCCCACACUCAGCAACACCGCUCACCACAGCAUGUCCUCGGCGACCAGCAUGGACGAGUUUUCGCUCGCGUUCGACGACAACCGGCAAUCGAUCGCUGCGGCGGCCGCCGCCGCCACAAUGCUCCCGCCCGGCACCACCACACUGGCCCAGCUGACGUCACACUUUGAGGACCUGCAGCUCGGCGUCGGACACGGCGGCGGUCCGGGGGAUUUGAGUCCGGUGCUGACGGACCACUCGUCCAACGUGGACGAGCUGAUCCAGCAGAACUCGAAGGUGUUCGACACGUUCGUGGCGAUGAUUAACGGGUUGGCGCCGAAGGUGGAGGAGCGGCCGGUCAAGUACAAGUCGCACACGGAGUGCGUGCCGGUGCCGUCGUCGGAGCACGUGGCGGAGAUUGUGGGCCGGCAGGGCUGCAAGAUAAAGGCGCUGCGGGCGAAGACGAACACUUUCAUUAAGACGCCGAUUCGGGGGGAGGAGCCUAUUUUUGUGAUUACGGGGACGAAGGAGGACGUGACGCGGGCCAAGCAGGAGAUUCUGUCGGCGGCGGACCACUUUAGCACGCUGCGGUCGUCGAAGAAGCAGGCGAUGGCGCUGCUGGCGGAGAGCCGGAACAUGCUCGGGUACAGCACGCCGGACGAGAUCACGAUCCAGAUCCGGGUGCCGCAGAAGGUGGUGGGGUUGGUGGUGGGACCGAAGGGGGCCACGAUUAAGAACAUCCAGCUCAAGACGAACACGUACAUCAUCACGCCCAAGCGGAACCAGGAGUCGGUGUUUGAGAUUACGGGGCUGCCGACGAACGUGCACACGGCGCGCCAGCUGAUCGAGGAACACAUCGCGACGCGGGCCGGCACUUCGGCCACCAACUCGAGCUCCUCCGCCAGCUCGGCCAGUUCCAGCUCCAGCUCGAGUUCGUCGUCGUCGUCGUCGAGCAGCAGCAGUUCCAACUCGAGCUCGGGCAGCAGCACGGCCACGACGUCGCCGCAGAGUUCCCUUUCGAACGCCGGUCACGACCUGCUGCAUGGCCUCGGCGGCAACGGCACCGUCAACGGGCUCGGACUGCAUGGCGGCAACGGUGGCCUUCAGAACGGUGGAGGCGGCGGCCUGCCCGACUUUGACACGAACCAGUUCAUCAUCGACAACCUGCUCGAGUACUUUAACAACAUGAGUGGCGCCGCGUACAACGGACCGGCCACGUCCCCCCUCAACGGCCUCGGCGGCCAUCAGCAGAACCAGCACACGCAGAACCAUCACCUGUCCGGGCUGGACAUUGGCGGCGGCAACACGGGAGCGGGAGGCGUGCCCGACUUUCGCAACAUCUGGGAGAACCUGAGCGAGGGCCAGGGCUCCGGCAUGUCCGGCACCGACACGGACGCGUCCUCGCUCAUCUGGACGCUGCCGUCGCAGUCGCACUCGUCGCGCAACUCGGUCUCCUACUCGCCGGACGAUUUCAUCUUUCAGCGAUAAGCGAGUUCUGAGUUGAGUUGUUUUUUUUAGCUCGUAGUAGUCUCCCCCUCUUUUUUAUUCUAGUUACUUUUUUGGCGAUUAUUACGAUUUAACUCCUAUUUAACUAUAUAAAUAUCUAUUAUGUA